AUGGAUCCGGUGGGGUUGGUGGCGCCGGUGUGGGGCGCCGGGACGGCGGAGGGCCGACUGGUGGUGGCCGGCAUGGGGACGACGGGAGGACCGGCCAUCGGAGUGGCACUGGAGGGGGCACGUCGGUUCACGAGGAGCGGCAGUGAGGCACGGGGGCCAGGCGACGGCUUAGGGCGCGUGAAGGGGAAGGUCGGAGGCGGUGGCCGCUGGUGGCCGGCGAAGGAGGCCGAUGGAAGGCCGGCGUCGGCAUGUCCGCCUCCGCCGCCAUCGCUCCCGCCAAUCCGGGUGUCCGAGGACACCUCCCGCUUCCUCUACACCAACCCGACGGGCCACCCUUCUAGGCUCCGGAUCGCGCACAUCGCUGCCGAGGCCGUGCGGCUCAUCGGGGGUGGGGGCGCGUGGUGGGUGGUGCUCGUGGACGACGACAUUGUGCUCUCCCCGGACAACUUGGUGGCGGUGCUCGGGAAGUACGACUGGAGGGAGAUGGUGUACGUCGGGGCCCCGUCGAAGAGCCACUCGGCCAACAACUACUUCAGCCACGGCAUGGCGUUCGGAGGCGGAGGCGUCGCGCUCAGCUUCCCUCUCGCCGCUGCGCUCGCGCGGACGCUCGACAUUUGCAUCGAGAGGUACCCCAGGCUGUAUGGAAGCGACGACCGCCUCCAUGCUUGCAUCACAGAGCUUGGCGUGCCCCUUUCACGCGAAUAUGGAUUCCAUCAGUGGGAUAUCAGAGGCAAUGCCCAUGGUAUAUUGGUUGCUCAUCCAAUCGCUCCUUUCAUCAGUAUCCACCAUGUGGAUAUUGUGGAUCCUAUAUAUCCUGGAUUGAACUCUCUUGAGAGCUUGGAGCUUUUUACGAAGGCUAUGAAAACAGAACCCAUGAGCUUCUUGCAGCGCUCAAUUUGUUAUGAUAAAAAGCACAAGCUUACACUUGCCAUCUCUUUGGGUUAUGUUGUUCAAGUGUACCCCAGUGUUCUUCUUCCUCCUGAAUUGGAACGAUCCGAGCGGACUUACAUUGCUUUCAAAAGGAUGAGCCAGAGAACUGAAUUCGAUUUUGACACCAAGGAAAUUCAGAAGUCUAUGUGCAAGAAGCCAGUCUUAUUUUUCUUGAAGGAUGUUUGGAAGGAUGGGAACAUAACUAGAGGCUCCUACAUAAGGUCAAGUGAACGGGAUGACCUCAAAAGGAAGGUGUUUUGCUUUAGGUCACCUCCUUUAUCUGACAUAGACGAGAUUCAAGUUUCUGCGUCCCCAUUAAGCAAAAGAUGGCAUCUGGCACCAAGACGGUUAUGCAGUGCUGUGAAAGGAUAUGUUAAUGGUACUCUGUUUAUGUUUGUUCGGCAAUGUGGACGCGGAGCAUUCGGCUCAGCCUUUGAUUCUCUUGAUUGAUGGAGAUCAGAGAUGUAUAUUUUCUGUCCAGAUGAUACCUGCAAGAUGUAGUUACCAUCCUACAUUCUUUGGAUCAAGUGUUCUGGAGGCUCUUUUUCUGCCUCAAGCACUUGGCAGUAA